GCAAUCUAGCCAGACCGUCACCCCCAUCAAAUGUGCACGCGGCUGUCGAAUUCUCUGCGCCGUAGCGGAUUAUGCUGUAGCGCUCCGAUAACUAAGUCUGAAGCGAAUCACUGCAGUUUUAUCGCAUGCGCCUUGGCUAGGCUCACCUCCUAGUCCGUGUUCGUUCCUCCUCGUUGAGCUCAAGACUGUUGGGCCAGGCGGUGGCCCUCUAUCCUGACUUUUGAGAGGUGGGCGCCAACCUGAGAGGGCAAGGGCGAUCGUUUCUUUUGCCUAUAAACAGGCACACGAUGAGCGAGACUGAAAGGGGCCUUUGUCUGACUGAGAGGGCAAGCAACUGCCCCUCCAUGUGCAUAGUCUUGGUGUAGUCUUUUCCGCUACUCGGAACACUAGCCGCUGCAGGCUGGCGCAGGGGGUCGCGUCUUCUCUACCGCUUGCAUUCGCGAGAAGACUAGGCCGAGCCUUCGUUGUUGCGUGGGUGGCCUCUGCCUGUAGCCUCAGCGGUCCGCCCACCUCCCUAGAGGAACUUGCGUCGCUUUUUUUGAAGUUCCAGCGUGUGGCGAUCCCGGGCGAGAAAGCUCACAGGCUUACUGCGUGACUUCGGCGCCUGGACUAGCUUGCCGAACUUGCCAGACGAUUGCGCAGAUACACGUGCGUGAGGAAAGAAGCCCGAGCUGGGGCAAUUCUUUGCUCUCGGCGAAAUAUUAGAUGAACUAUUGACCGCCGAGCAUAAGGCACUCGCACAACCUUGGCCGCCUUGGGAUGUGAAUUUUGUGCUUGACUCAAAGCGAACCUUGGGGAUGUUGUCUCAGCUUGCUUGGGAUCUUGUUUCUAUUCUUCGAAUGCAAAAAUUAUGUUUCGGCUUGCGUUUUUCUUCCGACGCCUAUUUUUUUUAUUCUUACUCUUGUGUGCGGUGUUGGAUUUUCACCUGUGCAGGGAUCUGCUUUUUGUUGCGCAACUUGAUCGAUGGUUCGAUCUACGUGGCAAAUGUUGACGGUCUUCUGACCUUGAUGUAGUAUGAUAAUCUGGCGCGCGUUAUGAUUUGUAAAGACGCGGGAUGUUCGGACUUUGCUCAACGGUGUAAGACUUUAUCCAUGGCUGGGAAGGUUUGGGGAUUUAAUGCAAGGCAUUUACAAGCGAUCACAGUCACGGAGGUCAUCCUCAGUUGUUAUGGCAGAAACAGGUGGAUAUCGCAUUCGCGCAGGCAAAAAGAAGUUCUUCGCGAAUCUUGGACCAAUUCCAAUCAUCGCAGGUCGUCGGGUAUUAUCGUUUUUUCUCGUUGGCAUAUUUUUUUCAUUCGGCAUGAUUUUGUUUUCUUCACCCUUGUCGGAAAAAAGCAAAGAAAAGUAUAG